AUGGCUCGCGGAAACGUCGGUAUCUACAAAGUUUUCUACAAAGGCAACACGGACGACUUCCUCGUCUUCAUCGACGACGUCGCGAUGGUGAAGAAAUGGAAAAAGGAUCAUUCGAUCCCAUUGGCACAGGUCGUGAGUGGGUUCCAGGUCUUCAUUACGCAUCGACAAGGUGCCCAGGGUAUUCAUGACACGGCAAGCAAUGCCAUACUAGAUUCUGAGUUCGGGACGGAGGAUACGGUUGCAUGCAUCAAGAAGAUUUUAGAAAUGGGUGAGGUACAGGAGACAGAGGCUCCCCAACGUUACGGGACAAAGAAUGACUCCAUGGGUCCGAGGGUUAACCAUUAA